ACUGGGGUACCAGACAGAGGGGGAGAGGGGCUCAUGUAAUGGCGAAUCUCUCAAGCCUUGUUCACGAACUCCGUGAACGCAUCGCGGCGUCGUCAUCGACUCCUCCGAGCCGCCGAGACGACGAAGCUUUGGAGAUCAGAUUCCGCGCCGUUCUUCCCAAUCUUCUUCACGCCUAUGUCGUCCCAUCUUCUUCAGCAAACGAGAGAGAGGUCAUUGCCGUACUGAAGCUCUUGACCCACACAGCGAGGAACUUCCCUGGAGUUUUUUACAAUGGCAAGGCUGCCGCAGUCCUUCCCCUUAUUGGUCGUAUACUGCCGUUCUUUGCCGAACCAUCGUUUCGCUCCCGGCAUGGAGUGAUUUUUGAAACAGUUGGGUCUCUUUUAUCCUUGAUUCGCACAGGAGAUCGAGAUGCAUACCGCCAGUUUUUUGUUGAUUCCAUGCUAGCAGUUGAAGAUCUUCUAUAUGUAGCUUCACUUUGUGCUGAUGAUUCAACUGUAUCUAGCAAAGUGUCUUUGAAGUGCUUCUGUGAGUCAUUUAAUGGAAUUACCAGUGGCCCUGCUCUUCUCAGUGACCUUCCCCCAUGCAGCAAAGCUGUAGAUGGUCCUGCUCUUCUUAUUAACCUCACUGGCAAACAAAGGUGGUGUCCUUUUGCUACUUGGGUCAUUAGGCUGACCUGUAGAUGCCUUACCGAGGGAGCCCUAUAUGUUGAAGGACUCAUCAAUGUGUCAUUUAUUUCGGCUGCAUUUACUCUGCUAUGCUAUGGAGACGCUGAUCUGCAUAUGGCAUGCUUUGACUUUGCCCGAAUCAUUGGAACAGUUAUGGACUAUGAUGUUGUUCCUAGUGAGAAAUUAAUUCAGUUGAUAUCAGCUAUAUUAAGUGAAGAUGAGGAAGGGCUUCCAGUGUUCAGAAACACUGUUUAUGAUUCUUCCAUUGGUGGUUGCCUUCAUGUACUGUACUCUAGUUGUCCUGAUGAUGUUGUCAAGUUGACUGCUGCAGAUAUGGUCAAUGUUUUCCCGAAGUCAAUGCAGAAAACAAGUAGCCCAGAGCUUAAGGCUGCUUUAUGCAAUGCAUACAUUCGAAUUGCGAACUGUUGUCCCCCUCACAUUUGGAGGCCUGAAUCCCUUAUUUGUUUGCUUUGUUCCUCAAAUGCCUGUUUUGCAUUGAUUGAUUGCUUACGAGUUGCUCUAUCUGCAAUUGGUCCUGAUGUUGUUGACGAAGUAAAAACUGAUGACGGUGAAAUGCUUAUAUCAAGUGGAUAUGAUAACUUAAGGGUUGGAGGGAAAAGACCGCCUCAUGACCUAAAUAAUUUCAAGUUAAAGCGUCAAAAGCUAGAUCAAGAAGUUAUUAAUUCAAAUGCCAAUUUCCAGGACACAGACAAGGGUGUGCAUAAAUUUACUUGUGGAAUGAAAAAAGAGUAUGGUGAAUAUAUGCGUGCAUCUCUUUUUUCAUUUGUUGAAUUUCUCAGUCCUCCUGGUGAAAAAGUCAGUUUAUUAAGCCCGGAAGUUGCCUUAGCAGCUCUUGGCACACUCAGCAUUGUUUUCUGUGAAUAUCCACAGGCAAAACUUUCACAGUGCAUUUUUGAGAGAAUGGAUGACUGGAUCCUUUGGAUAUGCAAGCAGGCCAUGCAUGCUACUUCACUUUCAUUUGAUUUAUGCACCUUUCUGGAAGCAGUUCACAGUAUGUUGCUCGUUAAAUGUUCCCUUCCCGAGGAGAAUAAGCUUUUUACAUAUAUGGCUGCUAGUGCUGAUCAUAUGCUUUUGGUGCUUAAGCUUCCAUGGACUCAUAGUGUUGCUAUUGGUGAACCACACGCUCCAUGGAAGAUAAAAUGUCUCUCCGUGCAAGUUUUGUCCAAGAUGGGAUGCAUAUUGCAAAGUGGAAGUAAUCUCGAAGUUCUGGAUUUGGGUCUUCAAGAUGAAGCAGAAGAAGUUAGAUCAGAAGCUGUCAUUUCUAUGCCUGUAAUUGUUUUGUGGUCUGAUUUUUCAGUACUGACACCUAUGUUCAAAAGGCUGCAAUUGUUGGAGACAGAGAAAAAUGAGCAAGUCAAAAAAAUCAUUCCUCUUUCUCUUGGUUAUUUGGCAUGCAUUUAUGGAUCUUCUAAUGGUGUCUCUGGUUUUUGUGAAGCUCGUUGCAAAUUAUUCCUAGCAAAAGGGAACCUUAAACAGAAUUCCACAGAAGAAAAUCUAUUACAAGGAUUCUGGUGCUCAAAGUGUGACAAGAGAGUCAUACAUAAUCAGGAGUUGUACUCAAGGGUUGUGCAUUUACCUGACAUUGAAACCAUAGAAUCUGGUCCGUGUGAUUUUCUCCAUCUACAGGCUCUAUUUUUGAAGCUUCUUCAUGAUGAGUCAUCUGAAGAAGUUCAAGUUGCUUGUGUGGGUAUGAUUCAGAGGAUCAUUGCUCAUGGAACUAAGGAUAUUCUGCUUAAAACAAGGUCUGAAUGGAUGAGAUCUGUUGAAUACCUGCUCCUUCACAGAAAAAGGGCUGUGAGAGAAGCAUUUGUCACACAGAUUCGCUACUUUAUUGAGGAGUCUAUCUUAAAUUGUUUAUUUUUGGAUGAGGAGGAAUCAAAUAAAAGCAAAGAUCAGAAGUUCUUGGACAAGAUCAAACAUGCUUUAGCAGCAGCUAAUGACCCUCAGAUAUUUGAGACUCUUCUAGAAUCCACUGCAGAGAUUAUGAUUUCAGUUGAUAUUCAUAGUCAACUUUUCUUGUUUUCUCUCAUUUUAUUGGUUGAUCAACUUGAUAAUCCACAUUUAGUAGUGAGGUUGACUGCAUCAAAAUUAAUAAGCCAAUCCAGCUAUUUCCAUCUAAGAGGAGAAUUUGAACUCAUUCUGUCAAAGGUUAUUCAUGUUCGGAAUGAAUUAUAUGAUUAUUUAUCUCUGAGGCUUGUAAGCCGUCCAGAAAUGGUUAGAGAGUUUGCAGAGGCUGUCCUCGGUGUGAAAACUGAAGAGCUAGUCAAUAAAAUGGUUCCCAUCAUCCUUCCAAGGCUAGUGGUUACUCAUCAUAAUAAUGAUCAAGCUUUUGUUACCUUAUAUGAGUUUGCCAGGUGCCUGAACACGGAUCUGGUGCAACUGAUAGUCACCUGGCUACCUAAAGUGCUUGCCUUUGCUCUCCAUCAAGCUGAUGCUGGAGAUUUACUCACUGCUUUGAAGUUCUACCAUGUGCAGACCGGAUCUGACAACCAAGAAAUAUUUGCAGCUGCAUUGCCUGCACUUUUGGACGAACUUGUGUGCUUUCUAGACAGCGAUUUGGAUGAGACAAGCAAACGGUUAGCUAGGGUGCCUCAGAUGAUAAAUGAAGUUGCAAGAAUCCUGACUGGAACUGAAGAUCUUCCCAGCUUUUUAAAGAAUCACUUUGUUGGCCUUCUUAAUAGUAUAGAUAGAAAAAUGCUUCAUACUGAGGAUGUAUCAUUGCAGAAACAAGCCAUGAAACGCAUAGAGAUGCUGAUAAAUAUGAUGGGUUCCCACCUAAGCACUUAUGUACCUAAAGUUAUGGUUCUUCUCAUGUAUGCUAUCGAUAAAGAGUUGCUUCAGGCUGAAGGUCUUCAUGUCUUGCAGUUUUUUAUAAAGCAGCUGGUUAAGGUGUCACCUUCUAGCAUCAAACAUGUAAUAUCUCAAGUUUUUGCUGCUCUUAUUCCCCUGUUGGAGCGAGAUAAGGAUCAUUCUUCUUCAAAUCUGGGUAAAGUUGUGGAAAUCUUGGAAGAACUUGUUUUUGAAAAUAGGGAUAUCUUAAAGAUGCAUAUCUGUGAGUUUCCGCCCUUGCCCAGUAUUCCUGCCCUAACAGAAGUAAACAAAGUGAUACAAGAAGUACGUGGGUCAAUGACUUUGAUAGACCAACUACGAAACAUUGUCGACGGGUUAAAUCAUGAGAAUUUGAAUGUUAGAUACAUGGUGGCAUGUGACCUGAGCAAAUUGCUGAACUCACGAAGGGAGGAUGUCACUUCUUUUGUUACUGGAGAAGUAGGUUCAGAUAUGGAUGUCUUGAGUUCAUUAAUUUCUUCCUUGCUUAGAGGUUGUGCAGAAGAAUCAAGGUCAGUUGUUGGACAGCGGCUGAAGUUGAUAUGUGCCGAUUGUCUUGGGGCACUGGGAGCAGUUGAUCCUGCCAAAGUAAAGGGUUUUUGGAGCCAGCGUUUUAAAAUUGCCUGUUCAGAUGAUGAUUUAAUCUUUGAGUUGAUCCACAAGCACUUAGCCAGGGCUUUUAGAGCUGCACCUGACACCAUUAUCCAAGACUCAGCUGCAUUGGCUAUACAGGAGCUGCUCAAGAUCGCAGGUUGCGAUGCAUCGCUUGAUGAAAAUGUAGCUUCUGUCCGGCAGACAACGAAGUGUGAAAAGUCAUUGAACGUUCCACUAUCUGAGAGUACGAGCACAAUGGAUUCCAGUGGAGUGAAUGGGAGGGGUCAGAGAUUAUGGAACCGUUUUUCUAAUUAUGUCAAAGAGAUAAUUGCCCCUUGUUUGACCUCAAGAUUUCAGCUUCCGAAUGUAGCAGAUGCUGCAUCUUCUGGUCCUAUUUACCGCCCGUCCAUGUCAUUCAGGAGAUGGAUAUUUUUCUGGAUAAAAAAAUUAACUGCGCUUGUAACUAGUUCUCGUGCAAGAAUUUUCAAUGCCUGUCGAGGUAUAGUGCGUCAUGAUAUGCAAACAGCAACAUAUCUGCUGCCUUAUUUGGUGCUUGAUGCUGUCUGCCAUGGCACUGAGGAGGCACGGUGUGGAAUAACAGAGGAGAUCCUAUCUGUUCUUGAAGCUGCCGCAUCUGAGAACAGCAUGGCUAUGGUUAAUGGGAUCAGUUCCAGACAAAGUGAAGUUUGCAUUCAGGCCGUGUUUACUCUUCUUGAUAACCUUGGCCAAUGGGUAGAUGAUGUUAAGCAAGAAAUUGCUCUUUCUCAGUCUCUUAAACAAUCAAAUUCUAAGCAACAAGCUGCCAAAUCAAAAGAAGCAAGCACAAAUUCUACAAUGGAUGCAGACCAACUCCUUAUGCAGUGUAAAUAUGUUUCAGAGCUUUUGGCUGCAAUUCCUAAGGUGACUCUUGCCAGGGUCUUCAGGUGUCAGGCUUAUGCUAGGUCCUUGCUGUACUUUGAGUCUUACGUGCGAGAGAAGUCGGGAUCUUUCAACCCUGCAGCUGAGAGGAGUGGCAUCUUUGAGGAUGAAGAUGUCUCAUUUUUAAUGGAAAUAUACAGCAAUCUGGAUGAGCCAGAUGGUUUGUCGGGUUUGGCAUAUCUCCGGAAAUCAAAGAGCUUACAAGAUCAAAUCUUAAUAAACAAGAAAGCAGGAAACUGGGCAGAAGUUUUGACUUCUUGCGAACAGGCUUUGCAGAUGGAACCCACUUCAGUUCAGAGGCACUCAGAUGUCCUUAAUUGUCUUCUAAACAUGUGCCAUUUACAAGCGAUGGUCACUCAUGUAGAUGGAUUAAUUUCUAGGGUUCCUCAAUACAAGAAAACAUGGUGCAUGCAAGGUGUUCAGGCUGCAUGGAGACUUGGCAGGUGGGACCUGAUGGAUGAGUACCUUAAUGGAGCAGAUGGAGAAGGUUUACUAUGCAGUAGUUCUGAGAGUAAUGCUUCCUUUGACAUGGAUGUUGCGAAGAUUCUCCAGGCAAUGAUGAAGAAAGACCAAUUCUCAGUUGCUGAAAGAAUUGCACUCUCAAGACAAGCUCUGAUUGCUCCUUUGGCUGCUGCAGGCAUGGAUUCUUACACCCGAGCUUACCCAUUUGUUGUAAAGCUUCAUGUGUUACGAGAACUGGAGGACUUUCACACUCUCCUCGGUGGUGAGUCUUUCUUGGAGAAGUCAUUCCAUCUGGGCGAUCCAGAAUUCUCUGAAGCAGGGGAAAACUGGGAAAAUCGGCUCAGAUUUACACAAUCAUCUCUCUGGACAAGGGAGCCUCUGUUGGCUUUCCGAAGACUUGUUUUUGGUGCCAGUGGUCUUGGUCCUCAAGUUGGGAACUGUUGGCUGCAAUACGCAAAACUCUGCCGGUCUGCCGGUCAUUAUGAGACCGCUAAUAGAGCAAUUCUAGAAGCAAUGGCUUCAGGUGCUCCUAAUGUUCACAUGGAGAAGGCAAAGCUUCUGUGGAGCACUAGGAGAUUUGAUGGUGCUAUUGCAGAGCUGCAACAAAGUCUUCUGAACAUGCCAGUGGAGAUCAUAGGCUCUGCUGCAGUGUCAUCUAUCACUAGCUUUUCAUUGAUUCCGCUGAACCCACCGCUUAUGCCUUCUACUACUCAAGCUCCGAAUGAGAAUGUGGACAUUGCAAAAACAAUCCUCUUGUAUUCAAGGUGGAUCCAUUAUACUGGCCAGAAGCAGAAGGAAGAUGUAAUCAGUCUUUAUUCUAGGGUGAAGGAACUCCAGCCCAAGUGGGAAAAAGGAUACUUUUAUAUGGCCAAGUAUUGUGAUGAAGUGUUAGUUGAUGCCAGAAAAAGGCAGGAGGAAAAUUUCGAACUAGCUUCCAGGAUAGUUCCAUCUGCUUCUGCUUCUGCUUCUAAAAAUUUAAAUGCUUCUACAAAUUUAAAUACAGAAAAGAAAUGGUGGUCUCACCUUCCUGAUGUGUUGUUAUUCUAUGCAAAGGGUCUUCACAGAGGCCACAGAAAUCUCUUUCAAGCCCUUCCAAGGUUACUAACCCUUUGGUUUGACUUUGGGAGCAUUUACCAAAGAAGUGGUUUAUCCAAUAAAGAUAUGAAAAAUGUCCAUGGGAAGGUAAUGAGCAUCAUGCGGGGGUGUUUAAAGGACCUUCCUACAUAUCAGUGGUUAACGGUUCUUCCUCAAUUGGUUUCUAGAAUUUGCCACCAAAAUGAAGAAAUUGUUCGGUUGGUCAAACACAUUAUCACCUCUAUUCUCUGUCAAUACCCCCAGCAAGCCCUUUGGAUAAUGGCUGCAGUUUCAAAAUCUACGGUACCUUCAAGGAGAGAGGCUGCUGCAGAGAUUAUACAAGCAGCACGAAAAAAUUCAAGUGCACGAAACAGUGGCAACAAUUUAUUUGUUCAGUUUGCUGCCCUGAUUGACCAUCUAAUCAGGUUAUGCUUCCAUGCGGGCCAGUCGAAGGCAAGGACUAUUAAUAUCUCAACUGAAUUCAGUGCGUUGAAGAGGAUGAUGCCAGUUGAAAUCAUAAUGCCCAUCCAGCAGUCCCUCACAGUUGAUCUACCCAUGAGUGAUAUGAGUCUGACUGACUCACUUAGAUCUAAUAUUUUCUCAGCCAUAGAGCUUCCCACGAUAUCAGGUAUUGCAGAUGAGGCUGAAAUUCUGUCAUCUCUUCAGCGACCCAAGAAAGUUGUUCUUUUGGGCAGUGAUGGUGUCAGACAUCCGUUUCUUUGCAAACCCAAGGAUGACCUUAGGAAAGAUGCGCGCAUGAUGGAAUUUAAUGCUAUGAUAAACCGUUUAUUAUCAAAGUGUCCAGAAAGUCGUAGGAGGAAGCUUUACAUUCGCACCUUUGCAGUGAUUCCUCUAACAGAGGAUUGUGGUAUGGUGGAAUGGGUGCCCCACACUUGUGGGUUCCGUCACAUACUUCAAGACAUUUACAUAAGUUGUGGGAAAUUUGAUAGGCAGAAGACAAAUCCUCAAGUUAAGCGAAUUUAUGAUCAAUGCCAAGGAAAGAUGCCCGAAGAUGAGAUGCUGAAGACCAAAAUUCUUCCAAUGUUUCCUCCUGCUUUCCACAAAUGGUUUUUGAAUACAUUCUCUGAACCAGCUGCUUGGUUCAGGGCACGAGUUGCUUAUGCACACACUACUGCUGUUUGGUCCAUGGUUGGGCACAUUGUGGGCCUAGGAGAUCGGCAUGGGGAAAAUAUUCUUUUUGAUUCUACCACAGGUGACUGCGUUCAUGUUGACUUCAGUUGUUUAUUUGACAAAGGUUUGCAGUUGGAGAAACCAGAGCUGGUGCCUUUCAGGCUAACCCAGAACAUGAUUGAUGGUUUGGGCAUUACUGGAUAUGAGGGUAUUUUUCUGAGGGUUUGUGAGAUCACUCUUUCAGUACUCAGGGCCAACAGGGAGACUCUGAUGAGUGUUCUUGAAACUUUCAUCCAUGAUCCUCUUGUGGAAUGGACUAAAUACCACAAGUCUAGUGGAGUAGAAGUUCAGAACCCCCACGCACAGCGAGCCAUCAGUAAUAUUGAAGCACGGCUACAAGGAGUUGUUGUUGGUGUUGGAGCAGCACCAUCUCUACCUCUUGCCAUUGAAGGACAGGCUCGUCGCUUGAUUGCUGAAGCAGUUUCACAUAAAAACCUUGGAAAGAUGUAUAUAUGGUGGAUGCCUUGGUUUUGAGAGGAGCAAACUAAACACGUUUUACUGUAGUUGUCAAGGGGGCUGACAGGUGCAUUCGGUUUGGGGCAGAAUUACAUCCACGUACAUUCUUUUUAGGCAUUAAUUCCACACUUCUGUGUUUUGAGGUGACACCUAGACCAAUGGGAUUUUUCUGCAUCUCAAGUUGCUCUAUAGACAGAGAUCUGUUGGCCAAAGGUAACAUACGAAGUGUCUUAGUUUGGGCCAAGCAACAGGAGCAGGAGUAGUCAGGCUUGCAAGGUCCUACCUCCUUUGCUCGAGCAGACCUCCACCCAAAUUGUUCUGUCUCCAUUUAGUCAAUGCUCCAACAUCUCUUGGUUCAGCUGAGUACCUUCUCAACUUCGGCAUACUUCUAUCCAACACUUGGUUCUCCAAAGGCUUUUAUCCUCCAAAGCAACGAUCAGAAGUAUGGCCUAGGAUCAGCUUAGUUCUGUUAUUACGAGGUCCCUAAGCGAACUUAUGGCACUCGGGCUAGAUCAUUUUUCCUCAAUUGAUGACGCCUACAUGAAGACAAUUUCAGAAUGACUAACAUGACAUGGACUGUCCACCUCAAUACUUAGAGCACGCAUGACCACGAGUCCCGCUUGUGGCUGUGAAGGCUUUGGGAAUUCGAGCACCAGUAGAAAUUGCUGUUGCUAUCUCUAGUUUGUUGGGAAAAAGCCACAAAACAGUCGCUUUUCACCUGUCAUUGCUGGUCAUGUGCCUGGUCAACACACUCAAUGAUCAGGGGCACUGGCCUUUUAUGCUAUUAGAUAGAAAAACAGAUGCAAAGAAACUUCAUUCCAUGCACCUGAUAUGAUUGGAGACAACUUGGAAAAUAUUGAAGCAAUCAUCAAGAGAAUGGCCUGUCAAGCAAUGAAGCUAAGGUUCCAUCUUUCUGUGAGCACGAGGAGAUAUUGCUGAAGUUCACUGAUAGAUGCAUUAAUGGGAUGGAAUCUAUGGAGCCACCACGUGCCACUAGGAAUCUUUUAACUUGAUUCUGUUUGAUUCCUUGUAAAUGUACUUGCAUGAACAACUAACUGAGCUGGGCUUACGACAUGAACCUUAUAGUGCAGAGGUGGGGCAGAAGUAUCCCUUUUGGUCAGGCAAUAUAAUGGAACUAUUGCACUUGGAUGAUGUGAGGCAGCAUUACUUACAUCCUUGCUAUUUGGAUGGUGAAUUUUGUUUUUCUAAUGCUGGAGUUUCCUCUGUGGAAUAUAUAUAUGUAUAUAUAUGCUUGGAUCGUUACUUUA